UAAAUCAUACUUGCCGGUAAAUAGACGGAACCAAUACUAGCUAGCCAGCAACAGGAUGAUGACACUGGGAAAAAAACAAAAAACAAUAACACAAACUAACGGCGCCGGUGAGCGAGCAAACACAUCGUCGAGCUACGCACUCUCCGGCAACCGCAGCACAACAAUAUGUAAGCACAAUUUAAAACACUUACAUGAUCCGAGUUGCUGUUGGCGCUGUGAUAACACACAGAACUAAAAGUAUAACCUGAAAUGGAUGCCGCCAUGAUGGAAACAUCCCUAUCAAUCCCGGUGACCCCUGCGGUUGGAAGUACGCCGUUUUGACGCAAAGUCUUAUGGGAACUGUAGGAGGCGUCCUGACAGUCAACCCAAGCAUGGAAGACGCCGGAGAGAGCACGCGUGGUUGUGGAAAUAUCUCCGAUUCAGAGGAAGACCGAUGCUCAGAAAAUGAUUUUGGGACGUCCAAACUCGGAACGAAAGAAUACUGGGAUGAUGCGUAUCAAAAAGAGCUUGACACAUUCAAAGACAUUGGAGAUGUUGGCGAGAUAUGGUUUGGUGAGGAAAGCAUGAGCCGUGUGCUGCGAUGGAUGGGUAAAGCAAAGAUCCCAGAAAGUGCUGCCAUUCUUGAUAUUGGCACUGGAAAUGGAGCUUUCUUAGUUGAAUUGGCUAAAAACGGAUACAAGAAUCUGACGGGUAUAGAUUAUUCUGCAGCAUCUGUAGAAUUGGCGAGAAGUGUUCUUCAGGCAGAAGACCUGACGGAUGUCACUGUAAAGGAGAUGGACUUCUUAAGAUGUCAAGAGGAGUUAAAAGGUUUCGACGUCUGCAUCGACAAAGGAACAUUUGAUGCAAUAAGCUUAAACCCAGACAACACCAAUGAGGGCAAAAGACUGUAUGUCCAAGCCCUGAAAGAUGUUCUUAAAGAUAAAGAGCAACUGCGUGACAGAUUCAGCGAAGGAUUUGAGUUUGUACAAGAGUUGCCUACACCCACGUUCCAAUUUGGAGGCAAGACAGGCAGCAGUGUGGCAGCACUCAUCUUCAAAAGAGUACAUUGAUUCACAUGUGAGAGAAGAUUGUCCUUGUUUUGACCUGCAGCCAUUAUCUGUUUAGGAAGUCUUUGUAUCUUUGCACUUUAUCUUUGCACAAGCUUUUUUUUUUUUUUAAUAUUGUGUAAUGAAACAAAUUUGCCUCAACUGAGUGGGAUUUUUUUUUCUUGAA